AUGACUAUUCCAAAUUUUAGCUUCUCCAACAGUAGAGGAUUAAUUGAUGAAAACAUGAAACAAGAUGUAAUUUCUCUCUUUCUAACUCUAACAGAGAAAGAAUUUGCGGAAUUUCUCAAGAGCGCAGGACCCCGCCUUGUUGUGGUGAACUUUACAGCAAAAUGGUGUGGGCCUUGCAAAAUUGUUCGUCCUUUUCUUUAUGAAUUGGCUGUUCGAUAUGAAAAUGUCCUAUUCUGUAUUGUUGAUGUGGACUUAGCAGAAGAUGUAGCCGUCCUCUGCAAUAUUGUCGUUGUGCCAACAUUUCAGUUCUUCAUGAAAGGAGACAAGAUUUUUGAAGUAACUGGACCUAAUACAAAAAAGCUUGAAGAGAAGAUUGGAGAAUUUAUGUAA